AUGAAAUUGGCAAGGAAAUGUCCACAUUCUGCUCAUAUCUAUCUAUCUAUCUAUGUAAUUUUAGUCUGCUCAUAUCUAUCUAUCUAUCUAUUUAAUUUCAGUCUGUUCAUAUCUACCUAUGUAUAUAUCUAUCUAAUUUUUGUCUGCUCAUAUCUAUCUAUCUAUCUAUCUAUUUCAUUUCAGCCUGCUCAUAUCUAUCUAUCUAUCUAUCUAUCUAUCUAUCUAUCUAUCUAUCUAAUUUUAUCUGCUCAUAUCUAUCUAUCUAUCUAUCUAUCUAAUUUUAGUCUCCUCAUAUCUAUCUAUCUAUCUAUCUAUCUAUCUAUCUAUCUAAUUUUAGUCUGUUCAUAUCUAUCUAUCUAUCUAUCUAUCUAUCUAAUUUUAGUCUGCUCAUAUCUAUCUAUCUAUCUAUCUAAUUUUAGUCUGCUCAUAUCUAUCUAUCUAUCUAUCUAUCUAUCUAUCUAUCUAUCUAUCUAUCUAUCUAUCUAUACAUUUAAUUUCAGUCUGCUCAUAUCUACCUAUGUAUAUAUCUAUUUCAUUUCAGUCUGCUCAUAUCUAUCUAUCUAUCUAUCUAUCUAUCUAUCUAUCUAUCUAUCUAAUUUCAGUCUGCUCAUAUCUAUCUAUCUAUCUAUCUAUCUAUCUAUCUAUCUAUCUAUCUAA